AUGAGUAAGUUAAUAAAAGGAUAUUAUAAUGCGCUGUUAAUUCUCAAAUCAAAAAGCUAAUUUGUAAUUUAGAAGAAUAUUUAACAAAUACACAAUAUUUUUUUAAAAAUUGUUAAACUUAAUUAGAAUAAUAAUUACUUUCAGGCUGAAUAAUUCAAAUAGGAAAAGAUAAAUGAAUUGAAUAAUUAAUCAUAACUUAAAUAUUUGAUGAGAUUAUUCGAAUAAAUAUUAUUAUAAGCAAUUUAGGAAAUUAAAGAUAAAAAACGAAACCCAUUCUACUUGCAAAAUUGCUAAACCGAUUACAUAAACUGCUUUAGCAAUAGAUUUUGUGGCAUUCCAAAAUUUAAAUCUGCAUAACUUUAAAAGGGUUUGGCCAGGACUGGCAAUAAUACUGACCCUAGGACGCCAGUAUUAUGGUCGGGGCCAUGGAAAAAAGCUGAAUUUUGUCAAUCCCCAAAUCCAAUCCCCUGUUUUGAAUAGGGGAAUGGGAUUUUAUCCUUGUUUGUAAAUCCCUUACGCCGUUUUAAAGUUGGUAAUAAAAGUCAUAUAAUAAUUUUUCACAAAAAAAUAUAAUUUUAAAAAAUAAAGUUUUUGAAUAAAAAUUUAUUGAUAAAUUACUUAUAGUGA